AUGAUGGAGCCGUCUUCCGAGAUGGUAACGAGUUUCAGCUCGUCCAGGUUGUCGCAGUUCACAAACAGACCGUUCGUGAUUUCCUCCACGUCCUCCAAAGUUCCGUACAACGACCAGACCUGGAACUUCUUGGACGCCUUGUGCACAAGCACCUUGCCCGUCAUGUCUCCGGAAACCAGGUAUGACCCGUCGCUGGUGAAGCCAGCAGCAACCACAGACUCUGUACGGCUGUACUCUGAUUCGCUGGAUCUGUCCAUUGACGACGAGUAUUCCAAGACCAUUCGGGCCACCGAGCUGUCUGCGUUCCCGCUGCCGCGACACAUCGAGUCGAAGCUGGGGAAACGGUCUAUUCUGGACAAGCUGCGAGCGCAACCGCUUGUGUCGUCGUCCGACUCCGCGCUCGUUCUGUCGAACAGCACUCUCUCCAAAGAUGAGCUGACCAACUCCGCCCUCGUGCCGUUGCUGGGCAACACGCCGAAACAUGGCCACAACCACAAGAAAUGGAAGCUGAACAAGGUGCUUUUGGGCCACACGGGCCAGGUCACCUCCGUCGCGUUCGACCCGUUCAACAAGUACUUUGCCACAGGCUCUGCUGACAGCACAAUCAAGAUCUGGAACCUUGCCGCCUCGCGUCUCGACCUCACGCUCACGGGUCACAUCAUGGCUGUGCGAGGAAUCGUCGUCUCGGACAGACAUCCGUACAUGUUCACCUGUUCCGAGGACAAAACCGUCAAGUGCUGGGACCUGGAGAAAAACGCCAUCAUCAGAGACUACCAUGGCCAUCUCAGCUCGGUGUACUCGAUCGACGUGCAUCCAACGCUCGACCUCAUAGUCACGGGUGGCCGUGACUCCAGCGUUCGUGUUUGGGAUAUCAGAACGAAAACGGCCGUCUACACGUUCCCGGGCCACAAGUCCAGCGUCAACCAGGUCAGGGCGCGUGCCACAAACCCGCAGGUGAUCAGUUCGUCGAUGGACUCCACCGUCAAGACCUGGGACCUGAUUGCCGGGAAGUGCGACAAAACGCUUACCUACCACUCGAAAUCGGUGCGGUCUUUUGCUCUGGGGGCAGAGAACGAGCAGCUGAUCACCGCGUCCUCGGACGGAAUCAAGAAAUUCCAGCUCCCAGACUGUUCUUACCUGCAAAACGUGGAGUUCUUCGAAACCAACAAGAUCGAGCAUGGAAACACAAUCAUCAACACUCUGGCCACCAACGCAGACGGAGUCAUGUUCGGCGGCUGUGACAAUGGUAAGUUCGCGUUCUGGGACUGGCAAUCGGGUGAAAUCUUCCAGCAGGGAACCAACAUCGCGGUUCCCGGGUCUUUGGAAGGAGAAAAGGGCAUUCUGUGCUCCCAGUUCGACCACAGCGGCCUGCGACUCAUCACAGGUAACGUGGACAAAAGCAUCAAGAUUUGGGGCCAAAUGGAAAUAGCUUAG